UGUUGCCGAAGUCCAGCGAAGGCGCUUCUGCUUCCCAGCGCCGCCGGGGCUCCGUCCUUGCACCGUGGGCAGGGGCCGGCAGGGGUCUAUUGGGCAGACGACCUAACUACUGCUGAUCUGGGGAUUCCUGAUUGACUGGUUCAUCAUGACGGAGAAAUGGGACUCAAACUCUUCAGAAAACUGGCAUCACAUUUGGAGUGUCAAUGACACCAAGCACUCAGAUAUCAAUAUUUUCUAUGUGAACUACUAUCUUUAUGAGCCUCGAGUGGCAGCAAUCUUCAUUAUUUCCUACUCUCUGAUCUUCUUCCUGUGCAUGGUGGGAAAUACAGUGGUUUGCUUUAUUGUCGUGAGGAACAAACAUAUGCAAACAGUCACUAACCUCUUCAUCCUGAACCUGGCAAUAAGUGAUUUACUAGUUGGCAUAUUCUGUAUGCCUCUCACGCUGCUGGACAAUAUUAUAGCAGGAUGGCCAUUUGGAAGCACAACGUGCAAGAUCAGUGGCUUUGUCCAGGGAGUAUCAGUUGCGACUUCUGUCUUCACUUUAGUUGCAAUAGCAGUGGAUAGGUGCCGGUGUGUCGUCUACCCUUUUAAACCAAAGCUCACUAUCAAGACUGCGUUUGUCACUAUUGUGAUCAUCUGGGUCCUGGCCAUCACCAUUAUGUUUCCAUCUGCAAUAAUGUUACGCAUUCAAGAAGAUAAAUAUUUCCGAGUGAGACUCAACUCCCAAAAUAAAACCAGCCCAGUCUACUGGUGCCGGGAAGACUGGCCAAAACGAGAAAUGAGGAAGAUCUACACCACUGUGCUGUUUGCCAACAUCUACCUGGCUCCCCUGUCUGUCAUCGUCAUCAUGUAUGGAAGGAUUGGAAUUUCACUCUUCAAGAUGACAGUGCCCCACACAGGCAAGGAGAACCAGGAGCAGUGGCAUGUGGCGUCCAAGAAGAAGCAGAAGGUCAUUAAGAUGCUUCUGAUUGUGGCCCUGCUUUUCAUUCUUUCCUGGCUGCCCCUGUGGACUCUGAUGAUGCUCUCAGACUAUGCUGACCUGUCUCCAAGUGAACUGCAGGUAAUCCACGUCUACAUCUACCCUUUUGCACACUGGCUGGCCUUUUGCAACAGCAGCAUCAACCCUAUCAUUUACGGUUUUUUCAAUGAGAAUUUUCGCCGGGGUUUCCAAGAUGCUUUUCACUUCCAGCUCUGCCAAAGAAGAGCAAAGCCCAUGGGAGACUACGCCCUAAGAGCUAAAAACAACGUGGUCAUAAAUACAUCUUGUCAGUUAGCCCAGGAACCUACAAUUCAAAACUCACGUGAGAAAAAUUUGCUUUGUAGGAAAAGUGCUGAAAAACCCAAGCAGGAGUUAAUGACAGAAGAAUUAGGGAAACCUAUCAGAAACAAGGAGAUUUAAAAAGAGCUAGUGUGGGGGCCGGCCCAGUGGUACAGCAGU